CUGAAAGAUCAAACUGAGGCUAUUGUUAGUGAGAUGUCAAUAAUUCUGGCUGAGAAAGAAAUGUACAAGAAAAAGAGUGAGGAACUCAGUCAGCUACUAACGGCAUUGCAGCAAGAAGUGAUGGAAAGCAGGAUUCAUCAUGAACAGAUAAAUGAACUUAUUCAAGAGAAAGAUGUUUUUAUCAAACAGCUUAAAGAGACCAUCAGAGACUACAUGGCCAUUAAACAGGACAUGAAUGAGAAGAUACAAGACUUGGAAGGCCAGUUGGCUUUGGCAGUAGUAAGCGGAAGUGGAUGUUCUUUCAUGAACAUCGAUAAUACACUGGAAGCUGAUAUGCAGUGUUCUGUCUCUCUUGGGGAAGAGCUUGGCCUUCUGCCUGUGGGCCAGAUGGACUGCACCAGUGAGGAAGAAGAGAAAGACGAUGAAAAUGACACAGAACAGCACAGUUUGGCAGAGGAUGAGAAGAAAAAUGAGGAAAAUAAGGAUGAAAUGAAAACAGAAAAGGUAGAGCGUACUGAAGAAGCUGUGACAGAGGAGGAAGAAGCCAGUCUGUCAGACUGUCCAUUGGCUGAUGGAAAGCUAUCGGAAUCUAAGAAGAGGAGCCUGUGCUGCUGGAGUAUUGGGCAUUGGGUUCCUGGUUCCUUUGGGUUUACUCAGAGCAUUGGCGCCUGUCGUCUCUGA